AUGAAGGAAUCAUUCAAAGUGUGUUUCUGUUGUGUAAGAAGCUUCAAGGUGAAAUCAAGUGAACCACCUGAAGAAAUCAAAACGCUAUUCCAAGAUUACUCUCAAAACGACAGGAUGUCUGCAGACGAAAUGCUCAGAUUCGUGAUCCAAGUUCAAGGAGAGAAAAACGCAGAUAUAAACUACGUCAAGGAUAUAUUCCACAGGCUCAAACACCACGGCGUUUUUCAUCCUCGUGGUAUUCAUCUGGAAGGUUUCUACCGUUAUCUCCUCAGUGAUUUCAACUCUCCAUUGCCUCUGACCCGCGAGGUUUGGCAAGAUAUGAAUCGGCCUUUAUCGCAUUACUUCUUGUACACGGGACAUAACUCUUACUUGACUGGGAAUCAGUUAAACAGUAGAAGCAGUAUCGAACCGAUUGUGAAAGCUUUGAGAAAAGGAGUUCGUGUAAUCGAGCUUGAUUUAUGGCCUAACUCUUCGGGAAACGAAGCUGAAGUUCGCCAUGGCGGGACGUUAACAAGUGCCGAAGAUCUGCAGAAAUGUCUUAACGCGGUUAAAGAACACGCGUUUGAGGUGUCUGAUUAUCCUGUUGUGCUUACUUUAGAAGACCAUUUGACUCCAAUUCUUCAGAAGAAAGUUGCUAAGAUGGUGAGUAAGACGUUUCGAGAAACGUUGUUUCAAUGUACAGACGAAAAUACAGAGUGUUUUCCUUCACCAGAAGCACUCAAGAAUAAGAUCUUGAUCUCAACAAAACCACCAAAAGAGUAUCUUCAGACCCAAACUUCUCAAGGUUCAACUACUGAUGAGGUCGUUAAAGCUAAAAAAGUUGCAGAUGCAGAAGAACAGAUUCAAGAUGAAGAUGAGGAGACCGUAGCGAUCGAAUACAGAGACUUGAUCUCGAUUCACGCUGGAAACCGCAAAGGUGGAUUAAAGAACUGCUUGAAUGGAGAUCCUAACCGAGCCAUACGGUUAAGCAUGAGCGAGCAGUGGCUUGAGACUUUAGCUAAAACCCGUGGAUCCGAUUUAGUAAAGUUCACGCAGCGGAAUCUUCUAAGGAUAUUUCCCAAAACUACACGUUUUGACUCAUCAAACUAUGAUCCUCUUAUUGGAUGGAUUCAUGGAGCACAAAUGGUUGCCUUCAAUAUGCAAAGUCAUGGGAAGUAUUUGUGGAUGAUGCAAGGAAUGUUUAAAGCUAAUGGUGGAUGUGGCUAUGUUAAAAAGCCUGAUGUUUUGCUCUCCAAUGGUCCUGGAGGAGAAAUCUUUGACCCUAGCAGUCAAAAUCUCCAGAUCAAGACAGCUCUUAAGGUGAAGAUCUACUCUGGAGAAGGAUGGAAUCUGGAUUUUCCUCUAGAUCACUUUGAUCGAUACUCGCCUCCCGAUUUCUACGCAAAGAUCGGAAUCGCAGGGAUACCUUUGGACACAGCAAGUUACAGAACAGAGAUCGAUACGGACGAAUGGUUUCCGGUUUGGGACAAAGAAUUUGAGUUCCCGUUGCGAGUUCCUGAGCUAGCACUUCUGUAUAUCACAGUGAAAGACUACGACAGUAACACUCAGAACGACUUCGCCGGCCAGACAUGUCUUCCUCUGUCGGAGCUCAAGCCAGGCAUUCGUACCGUCCGGCUCCAUGAUCGUGCCGGAGAGGUCUUUAAGCACGUGAGAUUGCUCGUGCGGUUUGUCUUGGAGCCUCGUUAG